GAAGUGGCUGGCUGGAUGCUUGCCACGGCUAUCUCCCAAGACCAACUCCCUGCCUCCACCACCUCCAACCCCGGCCCCGGAGACGCAGUACCGCCCGCCGCCCCUCGGGGGCGCUGCUGGGCGGGGAGUUGGCUCGCCAGCCCGCUAUGCUGUGGGCUCCGCACUCGCUCUAGCCGGCAGCGCAAACAGCCGGGUCCCUGCACUUCGGAAGCCCAACUUGCUCAACGCACACUCCAGCAGUCUGUGUCUGCUCUUGCUCGGCUCGACGGAGACAUGGCUGUCCCCAGGGCCCCAGAGGUCAGCGGCCUGUGCUGGGGAACCCUUCUCCUUUUUCUGGCUGCAUCCAGAGGUCUGGUAACAGCCUUCAAGAUUGCCACACCGUAUUCUCUGUACGUGUGUCCUGAGGGCCAGAAUGUUACCCUCACCUGCAGGAUUCUGGGCCCUGUGUCCAAAGGGCAUGAUGUGACCUUCUACAAGACAUGGUACCUCAGCUCACGAGGAGAAGUUCAAAUGUGCAAAGAACACCGGCCCAUACGCAACUUCACAUUCCAGCACCUUCAUCCGCGCCAUGGAAGCCACCAGACAGACAAUACCAGCCAUGACCAGGCCCAGACACAUGGGCUAGAGCUAGCUUCCGACCACCAUGGUAAUUUCUCCAUCACCCUUCGCAAUGUGACCCUGAGGGACAGUGGCCUCUACUGUUGUCUGGUGGUAGAAAUGAAGCACCACCACCCAGAACAGCGGCAUAGUGGGUACAUGGAGCUUCAGGUACAGACAGGCAAAGACUCGUCAUCUGCAUGUACUGCGUACCAAUCUAAUGAGCAGGACAGUGACAGCAUCACAGCUGCGGCCCUGGCCACGGGUGCCUGCAUUGUGGGCAUCCUCUGCCUUCCGCUUAUCCUGCUGCUGGUCUAUAAGCAGAGGCAGAGGGCCUCUCAGCACCGUGCCCAGGAGUUGGUAAGGAUGGACAGCAGCAACAUCCAAGGAAUCGAAAACCCAGGCUUUGAGACCAUUCCACCCUUCCAGGGGAUGCCUGAGGCCAAGACCAGGCCCCCACUGACCUAUGUGGCCCAGCGGCAACCUUCGGAGUCAGGGCGGCACCUGCUCUCUGAACCCAGCACACCUCUGUCUCCUCCAGGCCCUGGGGAUGUCUUUUUCCCAUCCCUGGAUCCAGUCCCAGACUCCCCUAACUCUGAAGCCAUCUAAACCAGCUGGGGGACCAUGAACAAUGGGACAGGUGCACUUGAUCUGUGGCUGGGCCCUUUGACAGACCUUUAGGCAUUGACCUCAGCCUCCUUGCUCCUGCUUUGAGCCUAGACUCUGCUUUACAAGAUGCACAGACCCUCCCAUUGUCAUUUUUGGAUGCUACAUGGAAGGCAGGGAGAAGAUGCCCGAUUGCUCAUUGCUGUUCUCAAGAUCCUGGGAUGCUGAGUUCUCCCUUAGAGACUGGACUUCACCAGCCACAGAUGCCAAAUGACCUACACCCUAUGAAUGUCUAGCAUGGCAGCAGCCUUUCUUCAUAUGAGCCAGCAUUCCAGAGGUGAUGAGGUGGGCACCUUGCCACCCUCCCAGACCAGAGACACAAGAUGUGAGAGACUCCUGCCCACUGUGGGUGUGUGGCUGGCCUGCUGUUUUGCCUGCUGUUGGCCCCGACUAUCCCCUGGAUGCUGGAGCUUGGCUUGCACCCCACUAAGGGGGAUUUCCCGGCAGCCUUCCACCAACUACCUGAGGGUCUGUCAACAAUUUGACUCUGGGCUCUCACGCCUGUAUGGCGGUCCACAGAGUUCAGUGACCAAGAGACUCUGAAAUAGGACAUACAUGCUUCUGUGAUCUCAUUAGUGUCUUAAGCAAUGUGAGGCCAGAGCGUCGUACAUGGAGGGUAGUGAGGGGGGCAUGAUGGGAAAGCUGAAUGGAGACUGGCUUCCUUCCUGUCCUCAUCUCAACUGCUCCCACUGUUCAGUGUGGAAUGAUGACAAAGGUGACCUCCACAAUAUCCUAAUAAUACCAGGCCACUUCUAAGUGUUAAAGGGAUGCUAUUAAAAACAGAAUGUGGCAACAGCCAUAAGCAGCUGAGUUGAUUGGAGGCACUAGCUAUAAGGGGUUCAGGGCCUGGUGCAGGGCUGGGGUGGGGGCUAGGGCCUGGACUCCUUCCAAUCCUGACCACUGUUCUUCAGGCUCAUAGAAGAACCUGUCUCUGGUCUGGUGCUAUUCUUGGCUCCCAUUUCCAGGGUCUGGCAUAACCUGUGCUUCAUAAAGGAUUUUAAAGCAUGAAGAGAAAGGAAUAGUCCCUUUGAGGCAGAAACGGGGUAGCUGAUGUCUGAGAGUGAGGAGAGCUGAGACUGGACAAAUCAUCCUCCACCUUCCAAGGGACAGUAGCUCCAACACUGAGAGAGCAUCAGCCCAAUGCCAACAUUUGUCUUCCUGCAGCCUCCAAUGGGCCUGGGUAGGAAAGCUCAUACUAGGCCCUGCAGGCCGGGAGAAAGCCACUCAUUCCCUGAAGACAGAGGCAUAGGGAGAAAAGAACAAUUCAAGGCUGGAGCACAGCAAUAAGCUACCUGCUGGGAACCCAGACAAGUUGUCUGGUAAGGUCUAGAGGCAUAGACCCCUGUGGGAUGUCAGCUACACCUGGGGCUUGCGGGGUUUCUAGAAGCUUUGUAUCAUCACGAGAGUGUUGGGGUGGCCAAGACACCGAAACCAUGACCCCUAUUUUGUCCCCAGGGUCCCCUUUUCUACCCUAUGCAGUUACCAUAGAUAGCGUGUGUUGUUCUUUUGGCUUUGGGGGUACCAGGCUGGAGUGGGGGAAGUGUCAGCUGUUUUGUGGCAGGACUGUGGGGCCCCUGUCAAAGGAUGAAACCCACAGGCCAGCUGUAGGAUGAGUAUAGCCUGUCCCCUGGGGGAGCCUGGCUCAUCUCCAGCCCAGAUGACUUCUAAGAAUUUGACUAUUGGACCCCCUGCCAGGCUGGUGCUCUGUGGAAAGGAGAGGAGGCCCCCAGCCAAACAAGCCACUCACUUCCUGCGCAGCUUCCUCCUGUAGGGCUCUAGUCUCUUCGUUUCUGGACCCUGCAAACAGGCAUGUCAGCUUGGUGGUUUCCUGUUUUGGGUGCAGUUUUUGUGUGGUCCAGGUUCUGUCUCCAUCCAUGAACGUGGGCCCUACCACCUUGCUGCUGCUAUGGAGGGGGAGAGUUUUGGGGGUAGAGAAUGGAGGUGUCCUGAGGUGCUAGCCCUUGGGGCAAGAGAUGGUAUGGUGGUGAUGAGACUCAGUGGGGAACUGAGUUUCCAAGAGGAGGGAGGAGGCCUGUAGCUUCCUGUAGCAGAAGCCUAGAGAGGGAAGUCUGUAUUUUGAAGAGCUAAUUCAUCCUUAGGAAAUCCAUCAGAAAUUGGAGGUCAUGGUGAAGCUUUCCCUGGGACUGGGAUGGGGAGAACCAGGAGGAAAUGUUUCUGAAACAGCAAGGGCUUCUUGACAAGCCAAAGAGCUAGUGGCAGCUGUUGUGGACCAAGCUGACCCUGCUGGAGGACUAUAGUGUGUCUUGGAACAAUCUCUCAAAAAAGCAGCCCUGGACUACCUAAGUUCUGCUGGGCCAGUGUUUCCCCUGCAUGAAGCAUCCAAGAGCCUGGGCAGAUGAUGGCUCCUUCUUCAGGAACUGUUCCUUGGAGGAAGCAGCUAGGCUGAGGGCUGCAGAGGGUCCAUCGUCUCUCCUAACCUGGGCACUAGCAGGAUGCUACCUCCUGAAAAAGGCUUUCCUAGGUGUGAGCUGGAGCAGCACCCUGGGGCUGACCCGGCCAUGGUGGGAUCUGAACUGAGAUUUUCUCAGGGAACUAAAAUAGGCAAAAGAGGAACUGGGGAUGCCAAGCAGGAUAGGGGCGGGGGCGGGGGCGGGGGGAGGGGAGUCAAAAAAGACAGCCCAGCAGAGUGCCUGUCCAGACCGCAGAGAACACGAACUGUCUGGCCCAUGCCCUGCAUGCCCUCUGUUUUGCCCUGGCACUUUCCUUCCCCAUAGUGAGUGGGAGUCCUGGGAGGCUGAGGAAUAAUAUCAGUCUGGGGCUGCCUGGGAAGCUGAUACAGAGUCCUUGGGUAACCGGGCUGAACCAGGACCCUAGUAGUCUACUCUGGGGACCUAGCUUUGUGUGGGCCUGCUACGAUCCCCAUCAUGAUAUUAUUGCUUUGAGCUCAUGGUACCAAGGGAUACAUAUUUCACUGGGUUUCAAUGGUUCUGAUCUGUCAGGUGUGGUUUUGUGGAAGAUAUGAGAGGAAUUCUGAUGUAAUAAUACAGCUGAUAAGAAAGUGCUGAGAUAGAUUAGUAAUGCCUACCUUGGACACAGAAAAAGGAAGUGGCAGAUGCCAAAUCUUAAUUUUUGUUGUUGUUGUUGUUAAAAUAUGCUUCCCAAAAUA